AUGGCGGCGGCCGCCUGCGUGCCGGUGCGGGUCUGCCACCAGGAGAUCGUCAAGUUCGACCUGGAGAUCAAGGCGGCCGUGCAGGACAUCCGGGACUGCCCGGGGCCGCUCAGCGCCCUCACGGAGCUCAACGCCGCCGUGAAGGAGAAGUUCCGCCACCUGCGCGGCCGAAUCCAGGAGCUCGAACAGAUGGCGAAGGAGCAAGAUAAAGAGUCGGAGAAACAAGCCUUACUGCGGGAAGUGGAAAACCAUAAGAAACAAAUGCUCAGCAAUCAGGCAGCUUGGAGAAAAGCAAAUCUAGCUUGCAAAAUUGCUAUCGACAACUCUGAGAAAGAUCAGCUGCUCCAGGGAAGAGACUCCUUAAGACAAAGGAAGACCACAAAGGAAAGUUUGGCAGAGAGUGCAAGUAACAUCACGGAGAGUCUGAUGGGCAUUAGCAGGAUGAUGUCACAGCAGGUCCAGCAGAGUGAGGAGACUGUGCAAACCCUAGCCAAUUCUUCACGAACCAUCCUGGAAGCAAAUGAAGAAUUUAAGUCCAUGUCUGGGACAAUUCAGCUGGGGCGAAAGCUAAUAACAAAGUACAAUCGCAGGGAACUGACGGACAAGCUGCUAAUCUUUCUUGCCCUUGCCUUAUUCCUGGCCACGGUGCUCUAUAUUUUGAAAAAAAGACUCUUUCCAUUUUUGUAAAAUUCCAAAGCUAAACUGAACUAUUACAAAAGAUCAGAAAGAGAUGGCAUAAUAACGGUAGGACUUUUAAAUAAAAUAAUAAAGGGAUAUUGCAAUAGCUGAAAGAGCGUUAGAGCAGGCAUGACUUUAUAUUGUCCCCAUGGAGCAUGUGACCUGCCUAAGAAGAACUUAAAGGAGCACAAGUCGGGAAGAAACAGGGAGAUCAAGGUGUGGAAAGAAGAAACACCAAUUUGCCUGUAGGUUUGGGGAACCAGACAAACACUUGAGGAACUAGGCACUCAAGAAUGCCGGUCUUAACUUUCAACUUCUCUUCAUUUUGCCUUGAAAUUAACUUUUGUCCUUGGCUUGGACUGGAAGCUGCUUUUGACAUCUCUGUAUAAGGUGCUGAGAGUAAGAGGAAGGGUGGAAGAGAGAAGCUCACGUACAUUCCGUUAAUAAAGUAUUGUAUCCAUGUAAAUUGAGUUUUGUUUAAAAAACAAAGCCUGGUGGAUUGAAAGAGCCUGAAUAACUUCCAGUGUAAAAAUUCUGCUUAGUACUUAACAGCAGUGGUUGCUUAUGGAUU